GGUUAUAUGAUUGGUUAUGGGGUUGUUGGUUAUAUGAUUGGUUAUGGGGAUGUUGGUUAUAUAAUUAGUUAUGAGGAUGUUCGGGGCUGUGACCCGAUGAGUCUUCACAUUGUGGUUUAUAAAAGUCACAUCAGAACUGAAGAGAACGAUCAGAGCGAGACUACAGGGAGGAAGUCACCGUAUACCGAGUCUACUGCAUCUGUCUCUUGUUCCGUCUUCAGGAUGAGCCAUUGGGUGGGAAGUGUGACCGUCCUCUUCGCCUUCGUCAUGAUGGUGACAUCUCAGGAAGAUUUUGAGACUGAAUCUUUAGACCUCGCAAGGCAAGCCUUCGAUGACCAAUAUUUGGGGUGCAGACAGGAAAUGGAGCAAAAACUGGAAAAAGAUAAUGUUCUUAACAUUGAAAUUGGAAAAAAUAGGAAAUUGAAGAGGGCCUGUAAAGAUGGCAUGGCCGCAUGGACCGAGAGGAAGAGCCACCUAAAUGACAAACUUCCUCCAGGGUUUGAAGACAACCACGGGAUCGCUUUGCUUACCUACACGGGUUUCAUAAGAGGAGAGUUUAACAAUGCCGUGAAACGAGCAGGAAAGUCCCACAACAGCUAUAUGGAUGAUUUCGGCUUCAAAUGGCUCCACUUUUAUCUCACCACCGCUCUCCAGCUCCUACGAAAGACUGAGCUGUACGGUGAAUACACAGUCUACGGUGGGAUUGACCAUGACAUCCAGGUCCCUGUAAACACCUACAUCAAGUUUGGCUACUUCUUCUUUACAUCCUUAGAUGAGGAGAACGCGGCCAUUAUGGGCAAUGACUCUUUAAUAGUUAUAGACAAAUACCGCGGGGUCAAUAUAGAAAAGUUUUCCCAAUAUGAGGCAGAAAGAGAGGUUCUGGUCCCGGGAUACGAGGUGUUCAGUCUCUCCCCGACAAAAGAGGAGGGUCGCUUCAAACUGAAGACUACAGGGAUGUAUUGCAGCAACAUUAACUGUGCUUAUAUUAAAGGGGAGAGUUCAGCGCUGUCUAUCCAGGACUGUGUGACUGCUGCAGGAUGUACGGCUCCAUCUCCUCUGGUCACCGUUGUUCUUGUCAUUGUGGUUAAUCUUCUGAGUCACAUUUUCUAAUUCAAGAAGCCUAUAUACACAUGAAUGGUGACAACAAACAAUAUAUUCAACAUACAAUAGUCUAUUCUGGACCAUUGUAACUAAAAAGCAGACACAACGUACAAUGUACGGACAGUCCAGAUCUGUGAAACGUGUCCUGUCUGGUACCAUCCCCCCUACAGUACAGGGAGGUAUUACAUGUUCUGUACUCUAUAAUACUGCUCCUAUAUACACGAAUAUAA